GGGUUUAUGAAAAGCGCGCCGCUUCAACUCUUUCUCUCUUUUCUUUCAUUUCUCCUUGGUCUCCCUUUGUCUGAAUUUCUCAUACCAAUUCUGACCAUUUGCAAAUCUUUUUUUCUUUCUAGAAACAGUAUUAUACAAUUUUUGAUCAACACUCCAAAUUUUCAAUUUUGAGUAAUCCUUUUUAAUUCUUUUUCCUGUUCUUCUGUUAACUUUUAAAUUUCAAGAUACCCCACCCUCCUCCCUCCGGAUUUCGAUUUCGAUUUCUUUUUUGAUAUACGAUCCCAACUUCAAAAAAGGAAGAACAAAGAAUAAAGAUUCGAUUCCCCAUUUUUUGAUUGGUGACUACAAGUACUUUUCUUUAUUAGGGUUUGCAGAAAAGUUAUAGCUUUGUGGAUUUGUAGUAGUUGUACAGUAAUAGAACAGUAGCACAAGAUUUUGGUAUAAUGAGAACGAGAGUGGUGGUGUUUCCAGUUAGAGGUAAGAAUUGGUGCUUUUCCACGUCUAUUCAGCCUUUGGCUUCCGAAUCAGAAUCUGCUACGGCCCUUACUCCUUCCACCAUUAGAGAUCUCUUCAGUAAGCUCUCUUUUUCCACUCCUAAACCUCUAGCCUCCAAUGCUGAACUCCUCGUCGAUUUUGUUGCUCACAAGAUGAAUAAAGCUUGGACGGUUCUGGAGAAGGCGCCCGAAGGGACUCUAAAGAACAAGAUACACGGAUUGGGAUUACGUCUCUUAGCUGGGGUAAAGCCGUCUGAGAUGUUUUUGAAGUCUAUACCUAAGGAGGCCACAACUGUCGAAGUCACUUACCCUUCAAGUUUAAAUCCACUACUUGUUCGCCGAAGGUUAAGACAUAUUGCCCUAAGGGGAACCAUUAUUCACAAGAAAUACUUUUAUGGUUCAGUUUCGUUGCUUCCAUUGACAAGUGCUUUCACUAUCUUACCCUUACCUAACAUUCCAUUUUUCUGGGUUUUGUUCCGCACUUACUCUCAUUGGCGUGCACUCCAGGGAAGUGAACAGCUCCUUCAGUUAGUCUCAGAUGGAUCUCAGAUGUCGAGCAUCACCUCUGUCGAUGGAGAGGACAAGUCUAAUGAGCAUGCUACAAAACGGUCACAUAAUUAUCCAUGGGUGCUGCGGCCGUCAAGGGAACUUGAAGAACUUGUUCAACGUGGAUAUGGUGAUGACGGGCUAAGUAAAUGUGCUAUUUCAAAUAUUUGCAGCAAGUUUGAUUUGAAUCCAAAUGAUGUUCUAAAAUACAGGGAGUCAAUGUAGUUUACUUUGUUGCCAAUUUAAAUGUUCAUUUUCCCUCUUUUUUCAGAGACUUGUGGAUAAUUGUGAUAUGGAUGGUUUAAAUAAUAAAAAGGUAACUGAGGGUCAAAAGACCAAAGUUGCAUAUGGAUAAA